AUGUCGUCCUCUUUGGUCUUGAUUAUUUUUGUUACCCUCUUCACCUUGGCUGUGGGUGAACAUUUUGACCAAUGCUCAUCGGUUGCAGAAGAUACCUUUAUCGGGGUGGAAAAUAAUUGCCGCUCCUACAUCUAUUGUGCUGCUAUUGGCGAAGAAUCCUAUCAGGAAGAAUGCCCUGUGAACACCUAUUUUGAUGCAAAUAUUUCCGAAUGUGUUGUAGAUGAAGAUGGUGUAUGUAAUAAAGGAUCAAAUGGGCAAGAUGUUGCAGCAGAGGGACAAGGAGAGGAAGAUGAAGGACAGCAUGCUCUACAAGAAUCAUCGGAAACUGAAAAUAAUGAAGAAAUUGCCAGUGUUGCACCUACAGUGAAACCUAUUACUGCUUCCUCAAAUCGGCCCACCUGCAAUCGCUUCGAAGAUAGUGUCCAUCCCCAUCCAAUUCGUUGUGAAUACUAUUAUAGAUGUAUGCGUGGUUAUUUGACAAUAUUCCGCUGCCAUUUAUUCCAUGCCUGGGAUUAUCAGAAGCAAAUGUGUGUACCCCGCAAUGAGGUGCAGUGUUAUGGUAAUUCUCAUAUAAGGAGAUUUUUAUAA